UUCAUUUCAACCCGCUCUUCUGUUUUGACCUAUUGCAGAGUCAACGCCCCGAGUAAAAACGACGGCGGUAGUGCUAGCAGCAGCAGCAGCAGCUACCCAGGCGUAGAGUUCGACCGUGGCACUGGGAGCGAGACGAGCAGUGACAACCCAAGCCCUCCUCGUCCUGGGAUCUUCCAGUCCUGUUUUUCCAAGCCUUCCAAGUCGCCCAGUGAUUCCUAUCUGCCCAAAGAGCUUACAAUGUCUAAAAAGAUCAAUGGAGGUUCUGUGGUUGAGAUGCAAGGGGAUGAAAUGACCCGUGUGAUAUGGGACCUGAUUAAGGAGAAGCUGAUCUUUCCCUUUGUGGACCUGGAUCUCCACAGCUAUGAUUUGGGCAUUGAAAAUCGUGAUGCAACAGAUGACAUGGUGACAGUGGAAGCUGCUAAAGCUAUAAAGAAGUACAAUGUAGGAAUCAAGUGUGCCACAAUCACCCCUGAUGAGAAGCGUGUAGAAGAGUUCAAGCUAAAACAGAUGUGGAAAUCACCUAAUGGAACCAUUCGAAACAUUUUGGGGGGUACUGUCUUCAGAGAAGCCAUUAUCUGCAAAAACAUCCCUCGAUUAGUGUCUGGAUGGACAAAACCCAUUAUUAUUGGCCGCCAUGCUUAUGGUGACCAAUACAGAGCUACAGAUUUUGUGGUUCCUGGUCCUGGAAAAGUAGAGAUGACGUACACACCAGCGGAUGGAGGCAAACCUGUAACUUAUUUGAUCCAUAAUUUUGAAAGCUGCGGAGGUGUGGCUCUGGGGAUGUAUAACCUUGACCAAUCCAUCAAGGACUUUGCCCACAGUUCUUUCCAGAUGGCAUUGUCUAAAGCCUGGCCUCUCUACAUGAGCACCAAAAACACCAUUUUGAAAAAAUAUGAUGGGCGUUUUAAGGAUAUCUUUCAGGAAAUCUAUGACAAAGAGUACAAGUCAAAGUUUGAGGCUAAAAACAUCUGGUAUGAGCAUCGACUGAUUGAUGACAUGGUGGCUCAAGUCCUAAAGUCUGAAGGAGGAUUUAUCUGGGCAUGCAAGAACUAUGAUGGUGAUGUGCAAUCUGACUCAGUUGCCCAAGGUUAUGGAUCUUUGGGAAUGAUGACAAGUGUCCUGAUAUGCCCAGAUGGCAAAACUGUUGAGGCUGAAGCUGCUCAUGGCACAGUGACUCGUCACUAUCGCCUGCAUCAGAAAGGCCAAGAGACCUCCACUAAUCCCAUAGCAUCCAUCUUUGCCUGGACCAGAGGUCUAGCUCAUAGAGCAAAAUUAGAUAAUAACAAAGACCUCCAGAAUUUUGCUUCAGCCAUGGAGGAUGUCUGUGUAGAGACAAUCGAAGCUGGUUUCAUGACGAAAGACUUGGCUGCUUGCAUUAAAGGGCUGCCUAAUGUGAAACGCUCUGAUUAUUUGAACACAUUUGAAUUCAUGGAUAAACUUGCUGAAAACCUGAAGACAAAAUUAUCUUCUCAGCCAAGAUUAUAA